AUGCCCCUGCACUCGGAUGUCAGGGAUGUGCAAGCUAUCGCCAAUAUCGUGAAAUGCUUCCCAUCCGUGACUGAGUUUGAAAUGAUAUUGAAAUGUCUUACCAAUAAUUUCGAACUGUUAAGAGAAAUGUUAAACUCUUUUCGUGAUUGGAGGUUGGCGAAGGGUAAGAUCGUAAUUUACGGGGUUGUGUGUUUGGAUGCUUUGACGGCUGUGCUGGAAGGGCUGGCGGGUUGGCGAGGUUUGCAAAAUACGGUCCUUCAUUUUAAGGGGGGCUUCAAGCUCGUCUUAUCCGACCGAGUGCGAGAUGCAUUCAUUUUAUGCGGAUCCAUUCGACAUAUUGACAUGUAUUUUGGACAAUAUUUUCUCCCAUCUGGAUUUCACCACCUUGAAGAACUCCGUCCGACCGUGUGCCUCGUUUGGGCCGAUAUCAGCGCCCUUCAUCUCGGGCGGCUGGCUUGCCUAAACUUUGCCCACCUUCCGAAAGGCAUGAGCUCAUUCAACGCCAAACUGGCCGGGAACGUUUGCCUCCCUUUAAUGAAGCAUUCGAGGGAAAACACCCUUUGCCGUGGAUUACAAAAUUGUGUGUGCAAACUCGACAAGGAUUUCAGGAAUCUUGCAAUGCCUGAAAUAUCGAAAUUCUUGACCCAACUUGCAAUUGAAAUUGACGUUAAAUAUCUACCCAAGAAGGGAAAAUUCUGGAGCAAUUUCCACUUCCGGAACCGCUUGGACAUUAUAGUUGAGAAAUGGGGGGGAAAUGACGAGGUCCUCCGAGCGCCACAGUUUCGAGCCCUGACGAAUCUGAGGAAGUUCAGCUCUAAAAGUUAUCACAGAAACGUAAAUGAUUGUGAAGUUCAGAACGGUGCAAAUAUCAUUCUCCAGGAGCUUCUAAACUCUGCCAUCAACCUGGAAGAAAUCGACAUAAACGCAGAUUUCUGCCCAAAUUUGAGCCCAUGUAAAAAGCUAAGGAUUUUGAUUUACGAAAGUAUCUGGAAGCCCAGCAUUAGUGUUGAUGGUCUCGCAAUUUACCGGAUGUUGGAGGCCUGUUCAAACUCCUUAGUUCAAUUGACCUUGAGUGGUCACUAUAAACCUAAUAACCUCGCACAGAUUCCCAAAUAUUCCGCCCCGAACCUCACCCACCUUAUUCUCAAUGGCAACAACGUGAACCGUUUUCUUGGCUGUCCGGACGUUGCUCAUCUCCCAAAACUGGCCCAUUUGAAGAUCUGCGCGGUACGAGAGGAUCUUGUUUGGAAAAUGUUUCAAAACUGCAGCCCGUCCCAUGAAGGAAUAACUUCGUUCGAUAUAAAAUGCCACCACUCUGAUGUCGAGGACGUGCAAGGUGCCGCCAAAAUCGUGAAGCUUUUCCCCUCCGUGACCGAGUUUAAAAUGACACUGAUAAGUAGUCUCAGCAAUUUUGAACGUCUGAGGGAAAUGCUAAACUCUUUUCGUGACUGGAGCUUGGCAAAGGGUGAGGUCGAAAUUUACGUGUAUUGGUUCCCGAGUGUCUAUCGGCCGUGUUAGAAGGGUUGGCGGGUUGGCGAGGUUUGCAAAAUACGACCCUUCAUUUUAAGGUGGGCAGAAUGCCCGAAUUAUCGGAUCGAUUGCGAGAUGCCCUAAUUUCAUGCGGUUCGAUGCGACAUAUUUCCAUGGCGGGUAUUACGAUGAAUGAAGAGACUAAGGGCAAUUUAAGGGGAUUAAUUGCAGAGAAAGGUUUACCAAUUUCGCUGUAGGAUUUCUCCUUUUGUUGGUGUUUACUUUGAUUGUGUAAUAAUGUUAAUUUGGGCCAAGUACUUAGGUAUUCUUCGUACGCAUUUAGUCUCGACAAGACCUGGUACACAAUAGAUUGAUAAACUGAUACAUUGAUAAGUUGAAAUUAUCGCCUAGCGGGUUACUUGAUAAACUGGAUUAAUGAUAUUUCUUUAAUUACAAGUAAGAAAGCCAAGUUUGGAAUAACGACUCCCACUACCAGCAGCGAGCUUAUCCCUGUUUGGCGUGAUGUUUGUGCGUCAGAAGAAUGAGCAAGAUGAACUACGAAAUCCUCUUUGUAAUAAUAAUGUGAACAACAAAUGGAUGAUUUCUAUUAAAUAGCAACACCCC